AGUAGCUUUCAACUUUUCGCCGGUGUCGCGACUCCCGAUCCGCUUUUAUUUUUGUUUUUUAUUUUAUUUUUAUUUAUUUUCGGUUUACUCCUAACAGGAUGUCAAGUUACGCAACCGUAUUAUCUAGUUAGUCAUUCCGAAAUUUAAGCUACUCACUUAUUUAUCCAAACAAAAAUGCCUUUGAUACCUUCAGGAAACAAUUAUUACACCCCGUUGACUGUGCCAAGAGUCAUCAAAUAUCCCCAUUUAGAACCUUAUCCGUCUUUGUACAAUGAAGAUCUUCCCUAUACUUCAUCAAUCAACAGACCUGGAUUACCGCCACCAAACCCAUUCCAUAGAAGUUCUCCAGCAAGAAUAGCAGGCUUAGAUGUACCAUGUAACAGAAAACCUGUAGCCUUUCAGCCACGUCCUCUUAGAAGUUUAGCUUUAGUUGGAGACAGUCCUAGAAGCUCCAUGGCUAGAUCACCUAGUCCUACCCCCAGCUUAUCUAGCAACUAUAGCAUUAGAUCCUCAACAUUGCCUCCUAGAAGAAUUUAUCCUCAACACUACGACUACUCUUUGGAUUUAGAUGAAGACGUCAAAGACGAUUCUCCAGUAGUGUUUGAUGCUAAUUUAACCUUCAUAUUGGGCACCAAAGGUAAAUUGAGGCAAAACUUCAAACCAAUACCUGCACAUUUAGAACGCGAGACAGCUUCAAAUGCUUUAUCGAAUAAAAUUUCGAAUUUCCUGCAAAGAACCGAUCAUGUGAUGGACGAAUGGAAACGGACGGGGCAUAAAGAGGAUGAUUCGCAUUCUUUGAGGAUGUCGGGGAGCAGUAAAAAUCAUAUGGGGAGGUCCAGGAGUGCUACAAAUAUCAUGAUAAAAGGUUUUCAGUAUUUUAGUAGGGCCAGUAGUACAAGUAGAAGUUCGAUGGCCAGGGAAUUGUCUGAGGAGAAUUUGAAUACCGAUGCUGAAAUUGAUGAGUUAAGCGAGAUGACAGCAGAUUUAGCAGAAGAACAUUCGACAGCAACGCUGGCGGCUGAACGCUUAGAUGCCGAAACGUCGGAGAGACUCAGAUUGGAAAAAGAACUUUCCGAAACCAAACACAAAAACAAAGAAUUGCAACAGUCUUCGGAAAGAAUGGAAAUGGAGUUGCUCUACGCCAGAUCGGAUUUGAAUGGGAUUUGUGAGGAAGAUGAAGAUGGAGGUGAAGGUGAUGGUGUUUAUAAACAAAGAUACGAGAGGGCCUUGAAAGAAUUGGAAUUUACUAAGAGAAGAUUACAACAGCAGCACGAAGAUGACUUGGAACAACUUGUGGGACUCAAGAAGCAGUUAGAAAAGAAGCUGGCUGAUGCCUAUGAAGAAGUGGAAGAACAAAGACAAGUUGUCGGCACCUGGAAGCGAAAAGUUCAAAAAUUAACGGGAGAGAUGAACGAUUUGAAGUUGCUUUUGGAAGAACAAAGUAGCAGGAACAAUCUUUUGGAAAAGAAACAAAGAAAAUACGAUUCUGAAGCCUCAAUGUUACACGACGAACUCAAAAAAGAAAAACAACACAAAGACAGACUGUCUCGUGAAAAAGAAGUCAUCAUGGCUGAAAAGUAUGCAGUUGAUAGCAAUUUAGCUGACGUACGCUUAGAAUUAGAACUAAAAGAAGAAAAACUUGCUUCUUUACAAAGAGAAUUUGACGAAAUCACCUGCGGAGGCAAAACCGAAGAAGAAGUCACCAUCUUGCGCAAACAAAAAAUUGAUUGUGAACGUCGCCUGCAAGACCAAGAAGAGGAACUAGACGAACUUGCGGGACAAGUGCAACUUUUAGAACAAGCCAAACUGAGACUGGAAAUGUCGCUGGAAUCAAUGCGAAAAGAGGCUAAGAAGGAAAGUCAAAUGCGAGAAGAGGAGUUAGAGGAGGCUAGGUGUAACGCUCAAAAGAAAGUCAAAGCUUUGGAGCAGCAACUGGAAAAUGAACACGAGGAACGUACUAUCCUAUUGAGAGAAAAGCACGAAUUAGAAAGAAGACUACAAGCAGCCGCUGAUAUGGAACGGCAAGACCGUGCAGGGGAUGAAGCCUUACUCCAACGACUAAAACGUGACUUGAAAAGAACGAAAGCUCUACUCAGAGAUACCCAAGCUCAGCUAGAACGACAAAAAGCCGAAACGCCUGGCAAAAACAUGAUCAGGCAACUGAAAAACCAAUUGGAGGACUUGGAGUGUGCCAGGGCAAUUGCUCUUAAAACCAAACAAAGCUUGGAACAAGAAUUGUCCGAAAUGCAAGGGCUUUUGGACGAAGCUCACAGGCAAAAAUCGGAUUCCGAGGAUAGGGCUAAUGCAAUGCAAAGGGAAAAAUCCGAUAUUCAGACUCAGUUGGAAGAGAAUGAAGAGGAAUUGGCUGAGGUUUUGAAGAAAUAUAAAGCAGCAGUACAACAGAUGUCAGUAGAUCAGAUGACCCUACAAGAACAAGUGUCUUUAGUGUCAGAGUUGGAAGUGGAAAGAAAUCAUCUGAAGGAACAAUUAGCUGAGCUAAGUACAAGACUGGAAAGUGCUGAAAGUAUGGGCGGAGCAUCUUCUAAUCUAUUAUACAAGAGGUCCGAAUUGAAAGUCAAAGAACUAGAAUCCAAGCUGGACCUAGAACAAACCACCAGAUCCAGGCUUGAAGUACAAAUAACUCGUCUAAAGGAAACCGUGGAAAAACUCCAAUCCGAUAUCACAUCUGCCAGAGUCAAAGAACAACAAGCUCAAGAUCAGGUUAGGAAAAUGCAAAGGCAACUCAGAGAAAUCAAAGAGGAACUUAACAAAAGCUUGGCUAAAGAAUCGGAAGUUAUUAUUAAGAAAAAAGAGUUGGAAAAACGAUGCGAAACCUUGGAAGCUGAGUCUUCUACUGCCAGAACUGAUUUGCGGAUUGCGUUGAAGAGGAUCGAGGAUCUUCAGUCUGCCAUACAGGGAGAGUUGGAGGAUAGUAUAUCAAAUGAAUCAGAAAGCGAGGAUAGCUACGGCUCGGACGAAUCUGUCAACACAUUUUUAGCAAAUCAUAAGAUAGGAUCUCCAAUUAAGAAUGAAAAGUCUUCUAUUGCCAAUGACGUUAGAAGAUUGUCAUCUACUAGUCGCUCAAGUACUUCAAGCAAUUUGGGAAAAGACUCAUCGUAUGCCUGAGUAAAGGAGACACUCUGCAAAACUAUCUCAAUGACGUUUUGCAAGAGGGCACCGAGCACGGAAGACGAACACGUUGUUGUCGAAUUUGUCUAGAAAUGUUUGAGAGUUACAUGAAAAUUAGUAGCACUGCCUUUAAUUUUUUUUUUUAUAUAAAAUUUUUUAGAUUAAAUAAGCAAUAUUAGUCUGAACAAAAUAAUAAUCAACGAAGCUGCUAGGGAGAUUAGGUGCCUCAAAGAUAUAAUUUUCUUAUGACAUUUUGCUAUAAGAUGCUUUUUAAUAUUUAUAGGAAAAAAGUUAGCUUCAAAUAUUUUCCAUAUAUCACAAUAAUACCUAAUAAAUUUUAAAAAAUCAAAACUUAUUUCUAGACACAUUAUAUUGUGCUAAAUGUUGUGAUAAGACUGAGUUGACGUUAGGAGGAAAAGUAGUAGGGAAAAAGUAGCUAAUUUAUUAUUUGUUGAUUUUGUUCUAAGAUUUGGAUUCGUAUUGGUUUCUUAGACAUUGACAUUCAAGUAAAUUUAUCAAAAUAUUGUAGAACAUAUCCAUGAAUCUAUAUAAAAUUUGUACUUAAGAUAUAUCUGAAAAUAAUCGGAGCCAUGGUAGUUUCCAAGCUAAUUAUUGUUAAAAUAUUUCAAUUAUAAUUUUGUUAAUUAGAGCUUUUUUUAAAAAAAAAAUAUAUUAUUUUAUUUGUCUUUUAUUUAAUGUAAAUAUAGUAUGAAUGAGAUAUUUUUCCUUGUAAUUUUUUUGUGAAUAGCUAGAAAAGUAACGUAUGCAUUAUCAAUAAUUGAAGUGGUAAGUUUUAUAUUAUCUAUUAUUUUUAUUAUUAUUGAACGC